AAUGAUUCAAGCCCAUUCAACCUCGUUGCCAAAAAUUAAAGGUGUCGACAGCGCGAAAGUACUUGUUAUCUUGUUGUCUCUACGCUGCUAUGUCCAAGAAACAGGACAAGGUGGACAACGGCAUCCUGGCCGUGAAGAGCAAAUUUGAGGCCGACAUCAUCAGAUUUUCCAUCAAUCGUAAUGAGCCUAUGAGCUAUGAGGAUUUUGGUAAACUGUUGGCAGAACGGCAUGAUUUAGGAGCAGAUUUUAAAUUUUUAAUUUGGUACACGGAUACAGACGGUGAUCUACUUCCCAUCAAUAAUGAUAACAAUUUGGCUAGAGCUGUAUUGACCACCAGGUGUCUGCUCAGAAUUUUUAUACAGAGGAAAGAUGACGAAGCAUGGGACAAUGGACACGGGACAAUAAAACCUAAAAACCUGAUAUCAAGUAUUCUGGGUGGCACACCAGGAAAGCCAAAAUCUAUCGCUAUUUCAAAUCCACAUGAUUUUAGGCAGGUGUCCGCAAUUAUUGAUGUCGACAUACUGCCAGAAACUUGUCGACGUGUGCGUCUUUUGAAACACGGUUCCGAUAAACCCUUAGGAUUUUAUAUUAAAGAUGGUGAAAGCUUCCGCAUAUUGUCUGGAGGGGGAAUUGAGAAAGUUCCAGGAGUGUUUAUCAGCAGAUUAGUACCAGGUGGUUUAGCAGAGAGCACAGGACUUCUAGCUGUAAAUGAUGAAGUCCUGGAAGUGAAUGGUAUAGAGGUUGCAGGCAAAACACUUGAUCAGGUGACGGAUAUGAUGAUAGCAAAUUCCUCCAAUCUUAUCAUAACCGUCAAACCGGCGAAUCAGAGGGCAGCGUUGGCUGCACCUCGCCGCGGUUCCUUUUCCCGUAAUAGUCAAUUAUCUUCGGGAAGUCAUCAAUCGACACAAAGCGCCGGUAGCGAUGAGGAGGCGGAUGAGAUUGUCGAUCUUACAGGUUUGACAAUACAGGACGACGCUUCGGCGUCGUCUACUCAACACCAUCAUUAUCAUCAUCAUCAUCAUCACCAAAAUUAUAGUCAUGAUCAGGGUGUUCUGCACCUUUAGGGUGAUGAUUAAGAGAGCAUAUCCAUUUUUGAACCCUCGAAAAGUGAAUACAUUUUCUUGAUUUUUUUGCAGCGCAAAAACUUGAUAGAAACUUUUUAUUUUUUUUUACAAUAAUAAUACAAUAUUAUUAAGUACUUAAACAAAAAUUUUCAGCUCAAAAAGAAUUUUUUUUUUAAAUUUAUAUGAAUAUUUGCAGAGCUCCAAUUUUAGAUGGCUGCACGGUGUGCAUGAAAACGUUCGUAGAUCAUAUUUGAAAUAAAAAAUACAAGUUUCUUUUUAUUAAACAUUAAUAGCUAUCAGCAUGAAAGCUGCGACGGGCUUGGCCGAGCCACGCUGAGCUAUGCCGAGCUAUCUUUCUGUUUGUAAGAAAAUUUUGUAACUUCGUCAAUUCUUUGAAUGUCUACAUCAGACUUGCUUUAUAUUGUUUUUGAAAUGUUAAGUUAUGAAAAUAUGCAAAAAAAAUCUAUUUUUUGAAAUUUUCAGACGGGUAUGCCCUCUUAAUUGAUUAACCCUUGAACAACAGACAGCGUGACAGCUACCGAAAACUGAGUCCAUUUUGAUCUAUAGCAAAAUUUUUUUAUACGUAUUGCAAAUUAAAAUUUUAUAAUGGAUUUUAAUCUGGGAUACAUAAAAAAGAAUAUAUAUAUUAUAUUCCUAAAUAUUUUUUUCUUAAAAUAUUACUGUGUGCUUAAACUUAAAAGGAAAAGGAAAAUAUUAAAAAAAUAAGAGUUACACAUAUUGAUAUUUUUGUAUAAUGCACCUAUUAAGUAUUUGUAUAAUGCAUGUAUCAAAUAUUUGUUUCGCAUAUGUUUUUAUAAAAUUUUAUAAAAUAUUCUUAAAAGAUAGAUCACAAGUGACUCAGAAUCUGCUGGAGGGGGUUAAAUUAUGCUCAAUUUAAUAGCGUCCGCUAAUAUUAUUCGCGAGAGAAGUUAUCUAGGAAUAAGGCUCUAUGGAGAAACACGUAUAUACGACAAUAAUCAUGUUGAUGGAAUUUUACGAAGUUUUUAGACAAGUUGAUAGAUGUAAGGAGAGUUUGUUGGUUACAGUAUAAGCUACGUCUUCGAACUAUAAAAUCAAUAAUUUGGAACAACUAAUGCUAUUCUAUGGCUUCGACUUUGAAAGAUGAAUGUCAUGCCUUGCAUGUAAAAAUCAUAGAAUGAAGAUCUAUAUAUUGUUAUAAAGUAUCGAGAUAAGGUAAAUAGAAAUAGAAAAAUAGCAAUCAAAAGAAAAAAAACAAUUUCUGAAGUAUUAUAUUAUAAAAGAAAUUGCAAUUGUGACUGAAUCGAUAUUUCAUGCAAAUUCCAAGUUUAAAAGAAAUGCGUGUGGAAAAGAGUGCUGUUUUUAUUAUGAGAAACAGCAAUUAUAAAAUCGUCUUUAUACUUUAUUGUUAUUCUAAUAGCAUUAUAUCUUAUAGAUGAGAAAGAAAACAAUGGAAAGAGAAAGUACUUAUAUUAUAUUGCAUUUUUUACAAUAUAUUUGUACUCUAGUGUCUUUUAAAUUAUAUUGAAGUUUUUCUCGAUAGUUGGACGUAUAGCUCGAUUGAUCAAAAUAUUUUCUUUACAUUUACGAAUCAUUCUUUCAUAAUAUUAAUUGAGAGCAAUUAAUUUAUCCAUUUUAGGAGAAAUUUGGAUUCCUUUAUUUCAUAAAGUAUUAUUUGAUUUAUUUGUCUAAUAUACUUGACAGAUAAAUUGAUAUCGACUAUAGUAUUCAAAGUAUCAUAAUUUUUUCUUUUAGUAAUUAGUUACUUGAAAUUAAUAUGUACUUAAAAAAUAGAUGAAUAUGAAAUGGAUGAUAUGAUUUUUUUUUUAUAAUGGAUAUUUUUAAAACUGAGAUAAUAUGCUUGUUCAUCAUCCAGAUGCUCACUAAUGAUACUUGAUUGUACAUAAUGCAUAGAAAAUGGGACUCAAUAAUUUGUCUCGACUGAAAGAUGUCUUUAUAUUAAUGUAAAUAAUGAUCGAUAAUAUUAUCGGAGAAAAUAUCGAUAUAAAUCUUUCUGUAGUUUAAUGACGAUACGAAAAACAAAAGUGGCCUUACAUUAUACAUCAUUCCAGCUACUUUUAAAAAUGAUAUAAAACUAUAAGUGUUCCCUUUUUUUUAUAACGCAGUCACACGUCUAUUCGUGUAUUUACUUCGUCUGCUCCACCACAUGUUUAGACUGUUGAAGUUUUCGAAUUUUAAUUUCAUUUUUAUCUAUGUUAUCUGUUAUCUAAUUGCAGACUGAGGAAAUCGUUUUAGGGCGGUAGAUAUCGAUGGAAACAUCAGGGGAAUAACGAUCCUAUUUUCAUGUGUAAAAUAUUGUUGUUUGUAUAUCUUGUGUGCCUUUAUCAAAGUGGAAUUAAUAUUAGGAAACAUUAUUACAUUCCAAUUAUAUAUUUACACCGUUGAAAAGAAAAGAGAGCGAGAUAUAACGUUUCUAAGAAAUCUAUACUGCCUUCAUAGUUAUGCGCGAAUCUAUUUUUAUAUGCACUCGAUCCCAUUUUUUCUACUUAAUUCGGAAAAACGUGUGUGUGUGGGUAUAUGUUUGUGUAUGUGUAUAUAAUAUCUCCUAGAUAUAUUAUUCUCUAUUGAAUUAGUUUUUCGUAAUCGCAAGGUAUCACUUGGACUUCCGCGAUAAGCGCAUUUUUAAUGGCGCUAUCGGUUACCAAAUUAUUGGGUGCGUUCAGGAGACACAACCGUUGAGCAUCGUCUU